AAUGAGAAGAAAAGAAGAGAAAAACAAAGAAUCCAAGUGGCGUUAGAGAGUUGGAAACGUGAAGACUUGAAAGAGAAGCAGCAUGACACCGACAGUGGUCCAAGUUAUAAUUAAUGGACAAGAAAAUGAUUGCAUUGCGUGGAAUAAAGAAGGCGACCCGCGAAUUUUGACAGUUCGGGAAUAAUUUAAAUGAUGCCAACUAUUUUGGCGAUCAUCGUCGUCGUCGUCGUCAUCAUCAUCAUCACCAAAAGUUUCCGUCUGCAGAGCUUGUUGUUGAGAUCAAAACAGGAAAUGUUUGGGUGCCAACGUUUCUACAGGAAAAGGACGGAUCAAUUGGCGCCUUCCGAGCCUCAAACCUUCUCGCUUCCAGCCCCGCUUCCUCCAUGGCCUCAUGGUCAAGGAUUUGCUUUGGGAAAAAUAAAUCUUGGAGAACUUGAAGCUGUUAAAGUCUCAAGAUUUAAGUUCAUCUGGAGCAACAAUACACAGGAUGACAAAAAAGGUGUUACAUUUUAUAAACCAAUUGGAAUACCUGAUGGAUUUUAUAGCCUUGGCUAUUAUUGUCAAUCUAAUGACCAGCCUUUUAGAGGUUUUGUUCUUGUUGCUCGUGAAAUUCCUUUCAAAUCAGAAUCCACGCAUAUCUCCACCGGUAUAGCCUCACCAGCCCUUAGAGUGCCUGUUGAUUAUACAUUAGUUUGGAGUUCUAAUGAUGGGAGUGAGGAAAGACUUCAAGGCUGUGGUUUCUUCUGGUUGCCUCAGCCUCCUGAGGGUUAUAAGUCCAUCGGUUAUUUGGUCACUUGCUCUCCUAAGAAGCCCAAAUUAGAUAAAGUGAGAUGUGUUCGAGCUGACCUGACAGAACGAUGUGAAAAUUAUCAAGUUAUACUCAAUGUUGGUACUAGAUUUUCAGAGUUUCCGUUUCAGGUUUGGAGCACAAGACCUUCUCAUCGAGGGAUGCUGGGGAGAGGUGUUUCUGUCGGGACUUUUUCUUGCAAUAGCUGUUGGGUUCCUGGACAAGAGCUGCCUAUAGCAUGCUUGAAGAAUUUAGAUCCUACGCUACAUGCAAUGCCAAACUGUGAUCAGAUUCAUGCGCUAAUAAAGCACUAUGGACCUACUGUCUUCUUCCAUCCUGAUGAGAUCUACAUGCCUUCUUCUGUUUCAUGGUUUUUCGAGAAUGGAGCACUUCUGUUCAGAAAGGGUGACUCGGUAGGCCAGUCAAUUGAUGUUGAUGGGUCAAAUCUGCCGAGUGGUGGAAGAAACGAUGGCGAAUUUUGGAUAGACUUGCCUAGUGGUGAUAGGAAAAAUAGUGUUAAAUCAGGAAAUUUAGGAAGUGCUAAACUUUACGUACAUGUGAAGCCAGCUCUUGGUGGGACUUUCACUGAUAUUGCUAUGUGGAUUUUCUGCCCCUUUAAUGGGCCUGCAACUCUUAAAGUUGGUGUUAUGAAUUAUUCACUUAGCAAAAUUGGUCAGCAUGUGGGUGAUUGGGAGCAUUUUACUCUCCGUAUCUGCAACUUUACUGGAGAGCUCUGGAGCAUAUACUUUUCUCAGCACAGUGGUGGUGUAUGGGUUAAUGCUUAUGAUUUGGAGUACAUACAAGGAAAUAAAGCUAUUGUUUACUCAUCAAAAAACGGACACGCAACCUUUCCUCACCCAGGGACUUAUAUUCAGGGUUCUGGAAAACUAGGACUUGGGAUUAGAAACGAUGUCGCUCGUAGUAAUUUCUUUGUAGAUUCAAGUACUCAUUACGAACUUGUAGCAGCUGAGUAUCUUGGAGAUGGAGUUGUUUCUGAGCCAGGUUGGUUGCAGUUCAUGAGAAAAUGGGGUCCAACUAUUGUCUACGAUGUUAGUAUUUUGCCUUUGGUGCUUCGGUAUUCCAUGGCAAACAUUUUCAUCAAGCUUCCAGUUGAGCUCUAUGGAGAGGAAGGCCCUACUGGGCCUAAGGAGAAGAACAAUUGGGUAGGCGAUGAAAGAGGCUAGUUUUCCGGUAGCCUCCAAUCUCAAUCAACUCUUGUUGUUACCUAUCUGUUGCUGUUGUGUUCAUCAUAAGUGCAUAGCAGGUACUGUAAUUUUGUACAUCUUUCAUUCUUGUACAAAUAUUGGACUGUUGGGCUUCUUUUGAAAUGCUGGUAAGUAAAUUAGUCGGACACGGGUAGAAGUAUGGGUUACGGAUAUGUCUAGUUUUUCUUUUCUUUAACCUCUUCCUAUAUUUUAGAGGUUGCUUCUUCUAAGGUCAUAACUCGAUAUGUAUGAAGCACGUGUAUUUUAAGAAAAGAAUGGAAAGCGAAAUCAACAUAGACUAGAAUUGAGAUUGCAAGGGUUGCUGCAGGUUUCCUUGUUUGAGCCAAUGAUGAAGAUGAUGUUUAAAUCAUAUACAAAAAUUGAUAAAUGUAUUGAUUAAUUCUACAAUUGGAACUGUUUUCGUGUUUUCUUUUUCACAUGUUUUACUCAUGAAUAUUUGUUUAUUUUAUGCAUCAUGAAUUCAACUCUCUUGGAAUAAA